GUUACAGGAAAGUUGGGGCGGAAUCAGAGGAGUUGGGGUAUUGCUGGAUAGAGAGGAGAGGAAGCCGGCAGCGAGGAGUCUAAAGCGGGAGCUGGAAGUGAAGCCGGGGUAUAAAGCCAAAGGAGGAGACUUUAAAAGUGGGUGUCGGGGGUAUUAGGGGGUCUUUGGCGGUAUUAGGGGGUCCAGGAAGAGACCAACUGAGGCCAGGUCAUAAGAUUAACCCCCUUCGCUGCCGCCGGGAAUGUCACAGCAGUGAGGAAGCCAAGGUGUCCCUUGGGGUGAGGACAUGUCCUGACUGAACUCCUGCUAACCCUCCCCGGCACUCACCCGGUGCCUCUCCCCCAAGUCAUCUCUCAUUCCCAGGACUUCAGCUCAAGGACAAAGAAAGGAAAAAUGUUGAAGGCCGUUCUGAAAAAGAGCCGGGAGGGCGGGCGACCAGGCAAGAAAGACUCAGUUGAUGAGAGCCCACAGAAUAUGUUGUUCACCGGUCACAAUGCAGAUUUUCCGAUGGGUAACCCAUGCAUACAAGACGAUUCGUACAGAAUGGGGUUCUCGAGAGGAGUUUCCGUGUCGUUACCGUCAUCACCGCUGCUUCCUCGUCAGACGUACUCCGUGCAGCAGUGCAGUCACAAGAAAUCGCCAGGACCAAUCAGGAAGCCAAAGUAUGUUGAAAGUCCCCGAGUUCCAGGAGACGCCGUUGCAAUGCCAUUGAGAAAAGUCUCAGAGCUGCCGGAUUCCAACCAGAAUGAAGGACCACUCGAUAAAAGCUCCAGCUGUUCUCCUGCAGCCCGAGAACUGAUGACGAGACUGGGAUUCUUGCUGGGGGAAGGCAUUCCGAAAUCUACUCGAGCAUCCAUGGAAGAAAAAAAUGAAAUGAUGUGUACAGUAUCGAGCCAUGGGAUCAGUCCCUGCUCCACACUGACAGACAGCACGGCGUCUCCCUGCAAUGCCAGUCCAUGCUCAACCCUGAACAGCGGCAUCAGCAAGACAACCACCAACAAAACCAGCCCCACCGGGACCAUUAGCAGCCCCAGUUCCACGCUGGAAAGCAAAGACAGCGGGAUCAUAGCAACAAUCACAAGCUCUUCUGAAAAUGAUGACCGCAGCGGAUCCAGCUUGGAAUGGUGUAAGGAUGGCAGUUUAAGGGCCGGAAGCCAUCAGGGGAUGAUUCACGAGAGGAGGAUAGAUAAUUGCUCGCCCGUGUUGGAGGAAGAAUCCUGCGGCACCAUGGACAACUUGCCAAAAAACGACUCACCUGGUGGAGAAGGACCAAUUUCAUACACACAAAGCUCCAGCUCGUUGAUGUUGCAGAGACCCAACUCUGUGGCAGCAACAAGCUCAACAAAACUGGAAGACUUAAGCUACCUGGAUGUGCAGAGAAAUGCUCCGUUGCGGACUUCGAUCAGGAUGCCGUGGCAUAAUACCGCAGGGACACGAAUGCAACAGGACAUCAAAGCGCGGUGUAUCCCCUACAAACCCCAAGACAUUCUGCUGAAGCCUUUAUUGUUCGAGGUGCCGAGCAUAACGACCGACUCUGUGUUCGUCGGAAGAGGCUGGCUCUUUCAGGAGAUCGAGGAAACGCUGAGGAGCUCCGAGCUGCCAGACAACAGGGGAGCUGUGAUUGUUGGCAACGUAGGAUUUGGAAAGACGGCGAUAAUCUCCAAACUAGUAGCACUUAGUUGCCACGGGACGCGCAUGAGGCAGAUUGCUUCCAACAGUCCUUCCUCCUCUCCCAAGGGCAUCGACCGCAGUCAGGAGAUCCCUCUCUCCCAGACCUCGCCGCUUAGUCUCACCAUGUCCAACACCAUGAAGACCUCCAGCUGCCGUGGAAGCCCUCAGCAUCAAAAGCUUAUGGACGAUUCCCUAAAGCAUCUUGCUUCAAAGGUUGUUGCGUAUCAUUACUGUCAAGCGGACAACACAUACACGUGCCUGGUCCCGGAGUUCGUACACAGCAUUGCGGCUCUGCUUUGUCGGUCACAACAGCUGGCGUCCUACAGAGAACUUCUGAUUAGAGAACCGCACCUGCAGAGCAUGCUCAGCCUGCGAUCCUGCGUCCAGGACCCCGUGUCAGCCUUCCGAAGGGGAGUCCUGGAACCGUUAGUAAGCCUUCGACGAGAAAGAAAAAUCCCAGAGGAUGAAUUCAUCAUUUUGGUCGAUGGCUUAAAUGAGGCUGAAUUUCAUAAACCUGACUAUGGGGACACAAUAGCUUCUUUUAUAGCUAAAGUGAUUUGCUCUUUUCCUCCUUGGAUAAAACUUAUUAUGACAGUGCGGACAAAUUUUCAGGAAAUAACAAGUUCACUGCCCUGGUCCAAGAUUUCCUUGGAUGAUUUUCCAGAGAACAAAGAAAUCUACGACGACCUCAGCGCCUAUAUCCAAUACCGACAAAGCACAAGCCAGGAAAUUGUGAACAAUAUAUCUUUAAAUGGAAAAGCAGACGCUGGGACCAUCGGCAAACUGGCCGACCAUCUGGUGACGCGGAGCCAGGGUUCCUAUCUCUACCUGAAACUGACUCUCGACCUUUUCGAAAGGGGCCAUUUAGUCAUCAAGAGCUCCAGCUAUAAAGUUGUGCCCGUUUCUUUAUCCGAGCUGUACUUGCUUCAGUGCAACAUGAAAUUCAUGACUAAUUCCGCCUUUGAGAAAGCGCUUCCCAUUUUGAAUUUGGCCCUGGCUUCCCUGCAUCCCAUGACUGAUGAGCAAAUUUUCCAAGCCAUUAAUGCCGGCAAUGUUUAUCCAGAGCUUGCCUGGAAAGACUUUCAGCAGCGAAUGGAUGUCCUCUCCAGCUUCUUAAUCAAACGGAGGGACAAGACGCGCAUGUUCUGCCACCCGUCGUUUAGGGAAUGGCUUGUGUGGAGAGCCGACGGGGAAAGUGCACAGUUCUUAUGCGAACCGCGAAGCGGCCAUGCACUUUUGGCCUUUAUGUUCUCUCGACAAGAAGGGAAGUUAAAUCGUCAGCAAACAAUGGAGCUUGGACACCAUAUCCUUAAAGCCCACAUAUUCAAGGGUCUCAGUAAGAAGAACGGCGUCUCCUCCAGUACUUUGCAAGCCCUGUGGGUGGGAUAUAGCACUGAUGGAUUGUCGGCGGCCCUCUCUUCCUUGAGGAAUUUGUACACCCCGAAUGUCAAGGUCAGCCGCCUUCUCAUCUCAGCCGGAGCAAAUGUUAACUACAGGACCGAAGUUUUAAACAACGCCCCGAUACAAUGCGCCCAGGCCCACCUUGGGCACGAAGAGAUGGUCAACCUCUUGCUGGAAUUUGGGGCGUCCGUUGACGGGGUGUCGGAAGGCGGCAUGACCCCUCUUUGCUUCGCAGCCGCUGCGGGUCACAUGAACAUUGUAUUGCUUCUGUGCAAAAAAGGAGCAAAGGUCGACCACGUAGAUAAAAAAGGACAGAGCCCCUUGGUGCACAGCGCUCUGAGAGGACAUUGUGACAUCCUCAAAUAUUUACUGAACUGCGACUGGACGGCGUCUAAACCGCAACAAAGCCACGUGCAAAAAAGCCACGCAAUGCAGCAGGCGCUCACCGCUGCAGCCAGCAUGGGCCACACAGAGGUGGUGGAAUGUCUUCUUAACCAUGAGAGAGAUUACCCCGUGGAUAUUAAUGAAAACGACACGCUUUGGGGAGAAACAGGUCUCACAGCCGCAGCGGGACGCGGGAAGCUACAGGUGUGCGAGCUGCUUCUGGAGCGGGGUGCCGUCUUAUCCCGUGUGAACCGGCGCGGGGUCUCCCCGUUAUUCUGUGCUGUGCGACAAGGCAAUUGGCAGGUCGCCAGGUUGCUGAUGCAGCACGGCUGUGACGUGAAUGUGAGCGAUAAGCAGGGCAGGACCCCGUUGAUGGUGGCUGCGUGUGAGGGCCACUGUGGAACCGUCGAGUUCCUCCUCUCCGAGGGUGCAGACAUCGCAUCUUUAGACAAGGAAGGGCUGACCGCUCUGAGCUGGGCUUGUUUAAAGGGACACAAAACAGUGGUGCAGUGUUUAGUAGAAAGAGGUUCUGCGAUCGAUCAGAUGGAUCGGAACGGCCGGACGCCUCUGGAUUUGGCCGCGUUCUAUGGAGAUGCUGAUAUUGUUCAGUAUCUGGUGGAUAACGGCGCUAUGAUAGAGCACGUGGACUACAGCGGGAUGCGCCCCUUGGAUCGCGCCAUUGGAUGUCGAAACACGGCUGUUGUUGUAACGCUUCUCCGGAAAGGCGCCAAGUUAGGGAACGCGGCUUGGGCAAUGGCCACCUCCAAACCAGAUAUCCUGAUCAUUCUACUACAGAAAUUAAUGGAGGAAGGGAAUAUAUUGUACAGAAAGGGGAAAAUGAAAGAAGCGGCCCAGCGAUACCAGUAUGCGCUCCGGAAGUUUCCACGGGAAGGUUUUGGUGAAGAAAUGAAAGCUUUUAACGAACUUCGCGUUUCUCUGUAUUUGAAUCUGUCAAGGUGUCGAAGAAAAACCAACGACUUUGGGUUGGCAGAGGAAUUUGCCAGCAAGGCUCUGGAACUGAAACCAAAGUGUUACGAAGCGUAUUACGCUCGGGCAAGAGCAAAAAGGAGCAGCAGGCAGUUUGUUGCUGCUCUUGCUGAUCUCCACGAGGCCUUAAAGUUGUGUCCAAACAAUCAAGAGAUCCGGAGAUUAUUGUCCCGCGUGGAAGAAGAGUUCAAGCAGCAGCAGAGGUCGCAGCAACAGAAGCUGUAUCCGCCACCUCCACAAGCCAGUAACGACUCUGACCGCGAGGAGGACGAGGAGAGCCUCAGCAAUCAUCUAAGCUUUGAGGAGAUACAAGAGGAAGAGUGUCUACAGAGUGCGGAUAAAUACCAAGGAAUUUCACGCCCGCAGGAAUCAUCCAGCAGAAUAGCAGAAUGUGUCAAUCAGAAAUACAGGCCCGAUUCUCCUGAGGAACACCCACCUCAGAAUAUAGGUCUGCAGCAAGCGCUGGUACAGAGACCGACAAAGCAGGCCCAGAUUGUAAAAACCAACCAGCACAUGAAUUCUUUACAGUCACAAUCAAAGACUGGAGGGAAUAUUUCUGCCAUGAACAGUCCGGUCUCAUCAACUUUAGCACCACCAAGCCCCCUUCCUGCAAGACAAACGGCAAACGUGGUCAACAGCAGAAGUUCUGUUGCCGAAACGACAAAGUCAGCUUCCUCGGCAGCUCCUACAACGGGACUCCAUGCCUCGGUGUUUGUUGAAAAAGUCUCCACGGCUCAUGCCGUUCACAAGCAGCCGACGGAGCGCUUACAUCCUUUUAAAGCAUCCGCAUCCUUCACAAGUGCGGCCAAGACAGCCGAGAGACUUGUGGGUCACCCUGCACCUCAAGAUGUAAAAGCGCCAUGUAAUGAAAAACAAGCUGGAGUCACAGAUAGCAAAAGAAUAGUAUCCCACGGCUUAACAUCAAGCAAUAGUUUUUCAGAGGGUGUUAAAAGUCCUGAUGUCCGAAGCAAAGAAAGCAAAACCAACCAGAACCUUGGUGCUGCCACCGAGCAGAGAACACGCAACAUUCCGUUCAUGGGAAUCAUGGAUAAAACCGCGAGAUCCUUGCAACAGAACACUCCAUUGGCCCGUAGCUGGCAUAAUCAGCCGAUUGAAAGCUUACCAGUAAACACCACCUCGUCUGGACCCAUACAGCCUGCAAACCUGGAGAAGUUCCCUGCCAGGCCGGUUCUUGGUUAUGGUAAUCACAAUAAAACCAUGCCGAAUGUGUAUGGUGGGAAUGUCCACAAUGGAGUGCACCCAAAAGACACGGAGGAUGGAAAGUGUCAGGCACCAAGCGUCCCCCAAGAACCAAGGGUGUCCAAGACUGUUAGCCAGUCGUUCCAAGAGGCGAUGGCCUGGUCAAAAUCUCUUAUCUCUAAAGAAGCAAAUCUAAAUUCAGUUCCCUCGACAAAACCAAAGAGAUCAUUCAUAGAGUCAAACGUGUGAUACCUGCUCUCAUCACAAGGCUCAGUGUGGACUGAAAACAUCGUUUUGAUUGCAUAUUUUUAGUUGCUGGAAUUAAUACCAUUCUCGUUAUCUCUGUUUUAUGAGCCCUGGAUAAUUAACAUGAACCGCAGCCCGACAGGUUGUGUACAAUAAGCCUCGGUGUAUUUCCUAUCAUUGUUUUAGUGGCAGAGUUUGGCAUCCCUGUCUGUUGUUACGAAUAGCGACAAGGCUGAGCAAACAUGACUUCAGUGCAGCGAAAUGUUAUAAGUCCGAAUACUUUAUGUAACUACGCUGGAAUUUAUAGCAUUUUGAACGCACGAUCGUCUUUUAACGUAAA